CUGAUGGUCCCUCACCAUCCUACCCGGGCUCUGAAUCCAGAACUCCCGGGGCCGCUGGGUCACGGCGAGCCUGCAGCUUACACGGGGUUUCCUGAACUGAGUCACUCGCACCAGGAACUCCAGGGAGAGACGCCGAGGAGGAGGAGGAAAACCAUCAUGCGACUGGAGGAAGGGACGCCACAGCUGGGUAUAAAGGCCACCAGGUAGGAGCGUCCAGACCAGCCUGUCCUCGUCCCCGACUCCACUCCAGCCCCACUCCACCAUGUGCCACACCAGCUGCUCCGAGGGCUGCCAGCCAGCCUGCUGUGUGCCCAGCUCCUGCCAGGUGUCCACCUGUGUGGUCAGCCCCUGCCAGGUGUCCAGCUGCGUGCUCAGACCCUGCCAGGUAUCCAGCUGCGUGCCCAGCUCCUGCCAGGUGUCCAGCUGUGUGCCCAGCCCCUGCCAGGCGACCUUCUGCGUGUCCAGCCCCUGCCAGGUGUCCAGCUGUGUUCCCAGCCCCUGCCAGGUGUCCAGCUGCGUGCCCAGCUCCUGCCAGGUGUCCAGCUGUGUGCCCAGCCCCUGCCAGGUGUCCAGCUGUGUGCUCAGCCCCUGCCAGGUGUCCAGCUGCGUACCCAGCUCCUGCCAGGUGUCCAGCUGUGUGCCCGUGAGCUGCAGGCCCGUUGUGUGCUUUCCAGUGAGCUGCAAGCCCGCCGUGUGCCUGCCUGUGAGCUGCAAGCCCAUCGCGUAUGUGGCCUCCUCCUGCCAGUCCUCUGGCUGCUGCCAGCCCUCGUGCCCCACCCUGGUCUGCACCCCUGGCCCGUGUGGCACCCCGAAUUGCUGCUGAGCUGUGGCCUCCUAGGACCCCUCCUCUCUGCAAUCAGAAGUAGCUGCUCUGAGCUCCUACCAGGCAGCCCAGGCAUCACCUGCCUCAGACCUUCUGGACCCAACUGGAUCAUCUUCCAGCAAAGCCACUUGAUCCCCACUAACCAGGUGGAACGGGUCACCCACUGGGUCCCCCGGCCCAGGCCUGGAUCACCCACACAGCACCCAGCUGGCUGGUGCGAGUGCCCAGGCUCUGCAGCCGCCCCCACAAGAGUCUAAUAAAUCCCGGAGCGUGUGCGAAGCCCC